AUCACCAUACACAACACAAACUCUGUGGUACGCUUACUACAUGCCCACAAACGACACAAAGCCGCAGGAUCCGAAUUUUGUGUCCUAAAUAUAAGACCCCACGCCCUACCAACUCAGUGCCACUGCUUUGCUCUUCUUCUUCUUCUCUGACCGCCUCCAUCCAUUCCAAUGGGGGAGGACUCAAUAGCGGAGGAGCCACCCAAAGAACCAGAGCCCAUCCAACAACCAUCCAUUCAGGACAUUGUGCUCACUGUUUUUAUGCACUGCGAAGGCUGCGCGCGCAGGGUCCGCCGCUGCCUCAAGGGCUUCCAUGGGGUUGAAAAUGUGGAGACGGAUUGUUUAACUCAGAGAGUAGUGGUUAAAGUGAAAGGGGAGAAGGCUGAUCCGUUGAAGAUUUUGGAGAGACUUAAGAGGAAAAGCCAUAGACGUGUGGAAUUGAUCUCCCCAAUCCUAGAACCCAUCGACCGCCCCAAAACAGAGGACAACAAACCACAGCAUCAGAUUUCAACUGUCGUCUUGAAAGUUCACAUGCAUUGUGAGGCUUGUGCUCAAGAAAUCAAAAGAAGGAUAAAAAGGCUGAAAGGUGUUGAAUCGGUGGACCCGGAUCUAAAGAGCUCGCAGGUCACGGUGAAAGGAGCCGUCGAUCCGGCGGCGUUGGUUGAAUAUGUUCACCGGAGAACCGGAAAGCACGUGGCGAUUGUGAAGCAAGAGCCGGAAAUUACGCCGGGUAAUAAGGCUGGAGAAACUGUAGAAGAAGACGCGGAAGAGAAAAAAGGCGAUGCCGGCGAGGGAGCCGAAAGUGAGAAAAAGGUGGAUGAAGAAAGUAAAGUCGAGGAGAAAGCGGCAGGCGAUCCGGCGGCGGAAGAUGCUGUAAAGGUGGUGGAAGUGAAGAAGAAUGAAUAUCAUCACUUUAAUAACCCGGAAAGGCACAUAAUGGAAAUGUAUUCGUAUCCGCCGGCGAUGGCUUACUCGGCGGCGGAUAUGGCGGUGAUCGGGCACGCAGAUCCACCCCAGAUGUUCAGCGACGAGAAUCCAAAUGGGUGUUCCGUGAUGUGAAGUAAAAUGAAGAAAAUAGAAGGCGUGGAAUUCUCUGGAUUUUGGUAUCACAUGUUAUAGAGUAAUGUGCGCUUAUGUUAUGAAGUUUCGUACUUUCUUUUAAUUUGCUUUUUAUGAACACCCACUUCCUCCAUGAAACGAAGGUAUAACUUUUUUUUUU